CGGGGCCGGGGGCCGCGCCCGCGCCCGCGCCGCGCGAGGCGGCUGGAGCGGUGCUGCGCCCUUCGCUGGGCGGCGGAGGACGCGGGUGGCUGUGGCUCCGCCGCUUUCCGCCGCUCCCCCCCGGGGCUCGGGCACCGGGCGCGCUCUUGGCGGGGCUUUGGGCCCGGGAAGGCGAAGCCGCGGGUAAACCAACAUGCAGACCCCCGUGGCGCUCCUCAGCUCUCCAGCUCUGUUCCGGUGCUGUUCCAGGGCUCUGGCCAGGCCAGUUCCAGUGUCUGUUUUCAGCAGGCCUGAGACUCAGACUGUACAGCCAGCUGGUGUUUCCUAUCCACAGCUGUCCCGCCGCGAGUUCCAAACUAGUGUUGUCUCCAGGGAUAUUGACACUGCUGCUAAGUUCAUUGGUGCAGGUGCUGCCACAGUUGGGGUGGCUGGUUCAGGAGCAGGUAUUGGGACGGUGUUUGGCAGCUUGAUCAUUGGCUAUGCCAGGAAUCCAUCUCUCAAGCAGCAGCUUUUCUCCUAUGCCAUCCUGGGUUUUGCCCUGUCUGAGGCCAUGGGUCUCUUCUGUUUGAUGGUGGCAUUCCUUAUCCUCUUUGCUAUGUGACAACUUCUGGCCCUGGCUGUGGCUUUCAUCACUUUGUCCUCUGCAGUUUGAGUCUGCUUCCAUCAGAGUGUUCAAGGCUGAUAAUUAAAGAAAAGAUUUCUC